CUCAGAUCAUUUUUAUUUCCCAUGUGUGUCCCCUACCAAGCCAACCAUUUCUGUGAAAUCAAUUAAUCACUACGUACCCUUUGUUCGUCUCUGUGAAUCCAAUUACCUCAACUAUAAAUUCCCACCAAAUCCUUAACACAGAUUCAUGUUACAUGCAACACAAGACACUAACAUCACAGACCAAGCAGCCCAAACUACCAUGGUCUCCGAGAGAGAGCCAAGCUCCAAGCAUGUUUGUGUGAUUGGUGCAGGGCCAUCCGGGCUGGUGGCAGCCAGAGAGCUGAGGAAAGAAGGCCACGGAGUGGUGGUUUUGGAGCAAAAACAUGAGGUUGGAGGACAGUGGCUGUAUGACCCUAAUGUUGAGGAAGAAGAUGCCCUAGGGAGAAACCCUUUCUUGAAGGUUCACAGCAGUGUUUAUGGCUCUCUGAGACUGACAUCUCCCAGAGAGAUAAUGGGCUUCACUGAUUUCCCGUUCUUGGUGAAGAAAGGUAGGGAUAUGAGGAGGUUUCCAGGGCAUGGGGAGCUGCUUUCGUACCUCAAGGACUUUGCAGAUUGGUUUGGGUUGAGGGAGAUGAUAAGGUUCAACACUAGGGUUGAGUACGUGGGCAUGUUGGAUUAUGCCGAGUUUGGGAAGGAUUUGAUGACGAAAUGGGUUGUCAGGAGCAAAGAGAAGAAGGCUGAGAAGGUGAUGGAGGAGGUCUUUGAUGCUGUGGUUGUGGCCACUGGCCAUUACUCCCAGCCGAGGCUGCCUUCCAUUAAAGGGAUGGACACAUGGAAGAGAAGGCAGAUGCAUAGCCACAUUUACAGAGUACCAGACCCAUUUCGCGAUGAGGUUGUUGUGGUGGUUGGAAACUCACUAAGUGGCCAAGACAUCUCAAUGGAGCUUGUGGAUGUGGCAAAGGAGAUUUAUCUUAGUGCCAAAUCUCUCAACAUCUCUGAGGGCUUGUCCAAAGUCAUCUCAAAACAUUCCAAUUUGCACCUUCGUCCACAGGUAGAUUCCCUACAAGAAGAUGGAAGGGUUUUGUUUGUAGAUGGCUCAUGGGUCACUGCAGACACCGUCAUAUACUGCACUGGGUAUUCAUACUCAUUCCCAUUUCUUGACACCAAAGGGACAGUGGUGGUGGAAGAUGGCAGAGUGGGACCUUUGUAUGAGCACACCCUCCCCCCUUCCCUUGCCCCUUCUCUCUCAUUUAUUGGCAUUCCAAAGAAGAUCAUAGGCUUCCCUUUCUUUGAGUCGCAAGCGAAAUGGAUAGCCCAACUACUGUCUGGGAAAAGAACACUGCCAUCAUGGGAUGAGAUGAUGCAAUCCAUCAAAGAUUUCUACCACUCCAGAGAUGUUGCCGGCAUUCCCAAGCACUACACCCAUGACAUUGCAGAUUUCGAGUACUGUGACAAGUACGGGGAUCGGAUCGGGCUCCCGCGCCUAGAAGAAUGGAGGAAGGAGCUGUGCAUUUCGGCGCUGAUAAAUGCAGAUGCCAACUUGGAGACGUACCGCGACGUCUACGACGAUCAGGAGACGCUUCAGGUUGCUUUUCAGAGCCCCCAUUUCACCCAGCUUGGAGAAAAUCAUUGUUAUUAUUAGUAAAAUACAUUCUUAAUUAAACAUGUUAAUUACUUGAUUAAUUCUCUCCACAUUCAGUUUCUUCCUUCUUCGGGUACUUUUAUUGCUUUGGGAAGGGGAAAGAUGCGUGAAAGCCGCAGCUUUAAUGGAAAGUUUUGGGUGUCUGUUCUGUAUUAAUCUCAUGUAUAUUUACU